GGACAUUCGACGGGACUGGUUCAGCGGGUGGGGUCGGCUCACCCUCCACGCCUACGGAUUUAAAAUAACAUUCUAGGGGUAAAACAGACUAGUAAACAACAGUUGAGGUUGAAUUUGUGUUGAAUUGAUGUUAUAAACGCGGACCUAACUUAACCAAGAUCUAGUUUACAUGUAGUAAAUAUUAAUUAAUAAUGAUAUAAAACAAUUACCUCGAUUGUAAAAUAUAGGUACUAAGAAACCCAGUUCUUGGAGUACUCUUGCGUUGAAAAUUACCGUCAAGACGUAGUAGGCCAGCUGUUAGUCUCGUCUGGUCGGAGGUCGUCUGGAGGCAAUGUUACGCACUUUAACAAUAUAAAAUAUUCUUGUCAACUGUCUUGUAGUAGAAACUACGUGGCCAUGACUUUAUUAAAAUGACGAACCAGAAAGACAUAAUUCGUGAUUAUGUUGAAAAGAUUAAAAAUUAUUACGAAAAUGAGAAAAAUCCUGUAAUAUGGUACCCCAUGUUCUAUAGGCGUAAUAUAACGCGUCAGAAUGUUUCGUGGGUAAAAGAAAACCACGGGAAAUUUAUUAGAAACACUCCAAAUGAGAUUUUAUACAAUCGAUGGUUUGGAAGCGAAAUGGGACCGAUCACAUCUUUAACAUUCUCUCGCAAUGGAUAUUAUAUUAUUGUAGGCCACGCUUCGGGAGCCAUACAGAUGCGACAUGGCAGCACUGGCGUGGUCCUUUGUACACUUCGAAACAUCCAGUUUCCGCCGAAACCUAUUUACGCUCUUGAAUACAGCCGAUUCGAAGAACGUGUUUGCUACGCGGCGUGCACGGAUGGCGCUGUAUACAGGAUUGAUAUACCCAACUUAGUUGCAUCUACGGAGGAUCCACCGCAGUAUUGUAUACGGGCUGAUCCAGCACUGGAGUACCUCAACACUCAAUACUAUGGCGCACCGGGAAUCUCCUCAGCUGCCGCGCCUUUUAUUACACAUAGAUCGGCGGCGCUGUCGCUCGGUCUCAGUGCUGACGAGGCGAAAUUCAUUGUCGGUUACGCUGACUCAUCAAUAAAAGUGUACGACAUCGAGACUCAAGAGGUGGAAACAACGUACAAAGUGCACAAACUUCGACUUCAAUUCAUUCCCAAAAAGUUGCAGCGCAUGCACGCGGGACAGGUAUGCGCCCUACGUUGCCAUGACGAGAGACCGCGGGUCUUCGCUAGUGCAGCUUGGGACAACACUCUAAGGGUGUGGGACACGAGAUGCCCCGUCGGUUGUGUCGCUACCUUCGAAGGAGUCGACGUCUGCAGCGAUAGCAUUGAUAUAAAUAGGGACCAAUGCGUAGCCGGAAGCUGGCUACCCACAGAAGCCUUAACGGUCUGGGAUUUAGUGGCCAGAAAACGGCUGAAUAUCAUACGGGUACAGAACCGGAGACCAAAUAUCGAUGGUGAAUUUCUCUACGCAUGUCGCUUUUGGAGAUCUCCUGAGUACAAUCGAAAAGGUAAAUACGCUAUAAUUGGCGGCAGCGGAACCAAUUGCGUGGAAGUGAUCAAUCUUCACAACCGAUUCAUUACUUGUUCCUACCCCGCAUCCGGGACAGUUCUCGCCAUAACAAGUCACAAGGAACGCAUAGCUUUCGGAGGGACCGCACCCGUCCUGAGCAUUGUGUCCUUCCAUGACCCCAAGCAUGAGAAAUACGGUGAAGAGGAGCCGGAAUAUGAAUUUACGAAGGGCGAAAGGUACUUUUCUGACAGCAGUUCAGAAAUAUCACCAAAUCAAGAAACUAUUACGAAAUUAGCGAAGGCUUCGUCUAUCAGUGCACCUGCAGUGGCUGUCAAGUCUUCCGUCAGUCAAAAGCUAAAGUGAAUUGAUUGAAUAAAAUAUGUAUUUUUGGAGGUUUCGUUAUAAAUAGAGCAUUACUAUUGAUCUUCUAUAGUUUGGAAUUGAUAGAGAAAAAACAAAAACAUAUACUUUUUUUAUUUCUAAAAAAACACGUUGGAUAUUAGUGGCUUUUGAUUUGCAUAGGAAACGCAGGUAUCGAUCCUCGACGCCCGAUGAUGCGGUAAAAAUAAUGGCCUGCCCAAUUUGAGCAAGCACGCAAAUUGCUCGUCACUGGCGAAGUAAUCUCUUUUAAUAUCCACAAAGAGGAGGUUGUAUAUUAACGAUAUUGACGACGUCAUUGGCUCGUUUUCAAUACUUUUAUA